AUGGUUGCAAAAAAUAUGAUAUUGAUUGCAAAAUUACAAAAAUUACAGUUGAAUUAUUCAAUUGAUUGCAAUAGUUAUUCAAUUGGUUGCAAUGAUUAUUAUAUUGAUUGCAAAAAAACACUUGAGAAUUCUAUUUUAUUCAUUUGGUUGCAACAGUUAUUCAUUUGGUUGCAACGAUUAUUAUAUUGA